UCAUUCGUUUGGUUAGUUUUGGCUUCGAAGCGUGUGUUUAUUGUUUUAUUUAGUGCAAAAAACAAUAUUAACAUGAAAGAACCAAAGCAAACACCGAUAGAGGACUUAGCGGAGUUACGUAGCUACUUCGCAUCACACAAUGGCAUCCGUGAAUACAUUGCUCACAGUUCUAAAGUGCAUUCCGUAGGUUGGUCGUGUGAUGGCCGGCGUCUCGCUUCAGGAUCUUACGACAAAAAUGUGGCGAUAUUUACCUUAGAAAGGAGUAGGCUGUCACAAGAUUACCUAUUCCGAGGACACACAGGCUCGGUGGACCAACUGUGCUGGCAUGCCUCACACGCUGACCUUCUCAGCACGGCCAGUGGAGACAAGUCAGUCAGGAUAUGGGAUACAAGAUCGCAUAAAUGUGCAGCAAUUAUAGCUACGAAAGGAGAGAACAUAAACAUAGCGUGGUCACCCAAUGGCAGCACCAUAGCUGUAGGCAAUAAGGAGGACCUAGUCUCAUUUAUAGACACAAGGACUUACAAAGUGGUAGUUGAAGAACAAUUCAAUUUUGAGGUGAAUGAGAUCUCAUGGAACCUGUCUUCGGACCUUUUCUACCUCACAAAUGGACUGGGCUGUGUGCAUAUAAUGACCUACCCCUUGCUGGAACUCCAGACAGUACUAAAGGCGCACCCGGGCACGUGUAUCUGCGUGGAGCACGACCCCACGGGCCGCUACUUCGCCACGGGCUCCGCCGACGCGCUCGUGUCGCUGUGGGACGUGCACGAGCUGGCCUGCCUGCGGGUCUUCUCCAGAUUAGAAUGGCCAGUCCGGACGCUUUCGUUCAGUUUCGACGGGCGGCUGCUGGCGUCUGCUAGCGAAGACCACAUCAUCGAUAUUGGAGACACUGAGACUGGCGAGAAAGUGGCCGAGAUUCCGGUCUCAGCUUCUACGUUUACAGUAGCGUGGCACCCGUCGCGCUACCUCGCGGCUUUCGCCUGCGAGGACAAGGAGCCGCCGGAGCGCAAGCGCGACGCCGGCAGCCUGAAGCUUUGGGGGCUGCCCAAGGCCGGCUAGGCGAUUAUCGAUUAA